AUGUGGCAUUAUGAUCUGAAGUUUUCAUUUGAGCAUGGACUUGGACCUCAUAACAAAGAUACAUAUGUUUUGAAAUUCGGGGAAGACAUGAAUGGUUAUGAAGUCGCUAAUAUCUAUGUUGAACAUAUAGUAGAUGAACUUAUUUUUAUAAUAGAAGAUGGAGUAAGGAAAGAGGGAGAAUUACAUGUUAAGAAGAGGAAAGAAGUACAUGUGGAGGAGAGUGAAGAAAUAUAUAAUGGGGAAUCAAUUAAUCUACCGGUAAUGAGAAGAGCUCUGGAUAGACUUAAGAAGAAAAUAAACAAAGCUAAUGAUGAACCAAGUUCAAGCAACAUACUACCAAGAAGUUUAACAACUGUAAAAUGUAAGAGUUGUAGAACUUUUGGGCAUAACUCAAGAACUUGCAAAGGGAAAACAUCGGCGGAUCGACAAUUGCUGAAAGGUAGUUAG